AUGAAAGAUAAAAAGAUUGUGUUACUAGUAUUGUUCGCACUGAGUAAUCUCAGUGUUCAUGGAGCGCAAGACCCAAUUGAAUUGAAAGUAUCGGCUGCAAAACGUGGACUUCUUCUGGGAUCGAUCACUUUGGUUAAACACUUGCGUUUCAAUGUAGAUAAAGGUCAGUACAUUUCCAAUUUAGUGAAUAACUACGAUGUAGUCGUGCCUGAUGUUGAAAUGAAACCGGGACACAUAUGGCGUCCUAGAAAUAUCUAUAAUUUUACGGAUGUUGAUUGGCUUCUAGGUGCUACACCUGACACAAUGGGUUGA